AUAAGGAAAAUAUAAAUUGAAAACCAGGAAAUGACAACGUUCCUCUCUCAAUUUCAAGCACCCUUUUCGUUUCCUUCUUGCUUUAGUAGGACCAUCGUCUUCCUUGCUUUUGUGGUGUUGUAUUUCCAUUAUCACAAUGAAGCUGCCUUGGUCCUGCCUAACAACGAGACCAUUCCUGCAGUUUUCGUGUUCGGGGAUUCGAUAGUUGACCCGGGGAACAACAACAAUCUCCCCACGAUAGCUAAAGGCAAUUUCCUCCCUUACGGGAGGGAUUUCAAAGGCGGGCCGACUGGACGGUUUUCGAAUGGCAAAGUCCCUUCCGACCUUAUAGCUGAAGAAUUCGGUGUUAAGGAUCUGGUGCCUGCUUAUCUUGAUCCCAAAGUACAGCUCCAAGAUCUCCUCACUGGUGUCAGUUUUGCCUCAGGGGCAGCAGGAUAUGAUCCUCAGACAGCAAAAGUAGCGAAUGUUAUAUCGAUGUCGGGACAGUUAGAACUGUUCAAGGAAUGCAUAAAGAAGAUAGAAGCAGCAGUAGGAGAAGAGAGAACCGCAACUAUAGUUUCAAAAGCCAUAUAUAUAGUGUGCACCGGCAGCAACGAUGUUUCCAAUACUUACUUUACCCUUCCAUUCAGGCGAGCCCAUUAUGACAUAAAUGCAUAUUCAGAUUUCGUGGCCGGCUAUGCUUCCCAGUUCUUGCAGGACUUGUAUGGAUUAGGAGCAAGAAGAAUAGGGUUGUUGGGGUUGCCGCCGAUCGGGUGUGUGCCGUCUCAGAGAACUUUAGGCGGUGGAAAAAACAGAGAUUGCUACGAGGCAGAAAACCAAUUGGCAUCUGCCUACAACGCCAAGCUCUCCGGCGUGAUAGACAACCUGAAGACUGUGUUCACUUUGCCGGGCACGAAUCUUAUCUUCCUUGACAUCUACUAUCCAUUGCUUUCGCUCAUUGAAAACCCUGGAAAAUAUGGUUUUGAGGUGGCAACAGUGGGAUGUUGUGGCACCGGACUGAUAGAAGCGAGUGUAUUCUGCAACCCUACAAGCAUCCCUCUCUCAUGCCCAGAUGCCUCCAAAUACGUUUUCUGGGAUGGUUACCAUCCCUCCGAGAAGGCUUACAAGAUCCUUACGUCUGCCAUUAUCCAAAUGCACUUCAAAGAAUUUUUCUGACAACAAACAAAACAGAGAAGCAAUUUCUUUUUUUUUUCCCCUAUUGUAAUUCAAAGAAUCAUGAAUACAAAACAUCAAUCACGUGCAUAAUUAAUAAACAGCAUUAUAUCAUUUCAAUUG